GACGAGGUGGCCGCCGCUUGAAGCGAGGGUUGCACGUUAACUGGGAAAGUGUUGGAAGCGCGCGACCCGCGGCAUUCUUCAGCUCUGGUGGAAUCCCAGGACUAGACCUGGUCUUGGCCCCCAGAGAUGGAUCGCGUGUGGCGUGCGUGGGACGGACAGUCCUUCAAAGACAGUCAGCCUGAGCCGCCGAGUCCAGAGGGUAUCGUGGUCUCCUGGCUCAGCAGGGCUGAGUGGGAUCAAGUGACGGUUUAUCUGUUCUGCGAUGAUCAGAAAUUGCAGCAGUAUGCGCUGAACCGUAUUACAGUGUGGAGGAGCAGGUUAGGCAACGAACUGCCCCUGGCAGUGGCUUCUACUGCUGACCUGAUACGAUGUAAGCUCAUGGAUGUAGCUGGUGGCUUGGGCACUGAUGAACUUAGACUGCUCUAUGGCAUGGCAUUGGUCAGGUUUGUGAAUCUUAUCUCAGAGAGGAAGACCAAAUGUUCUAACCUCCCCCUCAAGUACCUGGCUCAGGAGGUGAACAUUCCAGACUGGAUUGUUGAACUUCGCCACAAGUUGACCCACAAGAAAAUGCCCCAUAUAAAUGACUGCCGCAGAGGUUGCUACUUUGUCCUGAGUUGGCUCCAGAAGACAUACUGGAGCCGUCAGCUGGAGGACAGCCUGAAAGAGACCUGGGAGUUGGAAGAGGACCCGAUAGAGAUAGAAGAACAGCAAGAAGAGGAAGGUGAAAUUAUUGUUGAUGAUGUAAUGGAAGAGAACCCAGAGCCUCAGGAUGAUGACAAAGAGGAUGAGUUGGCCGUCGAGGAUGAUGCAAACAAUAAAGACAAUAAAGAGGCGGCUCCUCAUCCAGAACCGAGUCCAAGACAUAAGGAGUUGUAUGAAAAAGCACGGGAACUUCUGGUGUCAUAUGAAGAGGAGCAGUUUAAGGUGCUGGAGAAAUACAGACAUUUACCUCAAGCUAUUAAGGUGUGGAAUAACCUCUCCCCAUGUGUACAGUGUAUCCUGGAAGAACUCAAGAGCAUUACAUGGGAGAACAGGAAUGCUGUGCUGGAUGCUUUUCUGGAUGACGGCUUCCUCAUUCCCACUUUGGAGCAGUUGGCAGCUUUGCAGAUAGAGUAUGAAGAUGGCCAGACUGAGGUCAAGAAAGGGGAAGUUACUGAACCAAAUUCACACAAAAACAUCGACUUGAAUGACGUCUUGGUGCCAAAGCCAUUCUCUCAGUUCUGGCAGCCCCUGCUCCGAGGUCUGCACUCCCAGACCUUCACACAGGCCCUGCUGGAGAGGAUGUUCUCUGAGUUGUCUACCUUGGGGAACAGUGGGAUUCGACCUACCUACAUCCUUAGAUGGACUGUUGAACUGAUCGUGGCCAACACCAAGACUGGACGGAAUGCUCGGAGGUUUUCUGCAAGCCAGUGGGAAGCAAGAAAGAGCUGGAGGCUGUUCAACUGCUCGGCCUCCCUUGAUUGGCCCCAGGUGGUCGAGUCCUGCUUGGGCUCACCUUGCUGGGCCAGCCCCCAACUCCUUCAGCUAGUCUUCAAAGCCAUGGGGCAGGUCUUGCCAGAUGGGGAGCAGGAGAAGCUGCUGCGUGUCUGUUCCAUUUAUACUCAGAAUGGAGAGAAUGAUGCGGCAAAGACAAGCGCAGCGUCCUCUUCCACUGGGAAAAGUCCAUACACAUUGGAUACCUUACAUCAAGACUUAAAACCAUCUGGUGCCAACUGUGAGUCUGAAGAAAAUGUUCAACAGAAGGACCAAGGCAGCCUUAAGGAUGCCAAGCAAGGGGAGGAAAAAGAGAACGAGGGGGAGGAGCAGGAAGAGAACGAGGAGGUACAGGAUGAGGAAGAGGAAGAGGAGGAGCAAAAGGUCUUUCAAGAUCAGAUGGAGGAAGAUGUAGAGGAGAGUGACUUGGAAGGGGAAGAAGAGGAAGUGUAUGAGGAUGAAGAUGUUGAUGAAGAUGACGAAGACGAUGACGACGACGACGAUGAUGAUGAUGAUGAUGAUGAUGAUGAUGAUGAUGAUGAUGAUGAUGAGAGAAUGGAGUGGGGGCCUUUCUCUCUCAUGAAGGGAGCCUAUGUUUUUGAGAAUACUAGGAUCGCUUCCCGGAAAAGAGAGGCUUUGCAGGGUUCAGCAUGGCAAGUAGGCCCUGAAGAUGUGCGAUGGGGUACAUUCCCUAUAGGCCGAAUACCAGGUCAGACUGACGACCCAGCAGAAUUUGUGUUGGAUAAUUACGACACCAUGUAUCUUUUGGACCAACCUGUCCUAGAGCAGCGGCUAGAACCCCCAAAGUCCAGGAAUUGCGCUCUGAACCUAAGUUGUUGUGGAGGCAGUAACAACUCUAGCAGCAGCAGCAGCAGCAGCAGUGGCGGCGGCAACUUGGAAGGCCUUCUCUGGAAUCAGGGACAACUGCAUGGACUCAAAGCUGGCUUGCAGCUAUUCUGAUGGCUGUCCUGAUGCAAGUGUCUUUGCAGCGCCACUAUAGCUCAGUCCAGAGUCCAUCCAUAGUACAGACUGGAAAACCUGGGAGACAGUUCAGAUCAGCUCCAUCAAUUCAGCUUUCCACCAGAGUGGAAACUUGAAUUUCCCCCCAUAUUUUCUGUUGUGUUUUGAAACAUAAUAAACAGAUUUUUGUCA